AUGCCGCCGAAAGUCCGCACCGACGCCACGAAGGAAAAUGUCUACCCUUUCGACGGUUCUGUCCCUAAGAUCAUCGCUGCUUACCAGAAGGCCAACACCAGCUGCCAAGUCUAUCGUGACGCAGUCGUUGCAGGCAACAUGAUCAUUAGCACUACCGGAGCGCAUUUCUCCAGGAACUGUCGAAGUUUGUCGACACCAACCCUGCUCGCGAUGAUCGAAUCCUUGAUGACGCUUUCGUGCUCAUUCAGCAAUUGGUUAAUAAAUCCCAAGAGCUGA